AUGAAGCUUCAAACACCCGCCUUUUCACAUCAAAACAAACUCUACACCAGGUUUCUGAUACAAUCUCAGCUGCUUGGUUCAUUAAGAGAGAGAAGAAGAACAUGGAUGUUGGUUACCAUUCGUAUGAGACUGAGUCAACCCACACUGCAGGGAAAGUCAUCACUUGCAAAGCUGCUGUAGCAUGGGGUCCUGGACAGCCUCUCGUCAUUGAAGAUGUUCAAGUGGCACCCCCUCAAAAGAUGGAGGUGAGGGUCAAGAUUCUCUUCACUUCAAUCUGUCACACGGAUCUCAGUUCUUGGAAAGGCGAGAAUGAAGCACAGAGAGCAUAUCCUCGAAUUCUAGGCCAUGAAGCUGCAGGGAUUGUUGAGAGCGUUGGGGAAGGUGUUGAAGACAUGAAAAUAGGUGACCAUGUCAUCCCUUUCUUCCAAGGGGAGUGUGGCACCUGCAUCUGUUGCAGAAGCCAAAAAACUAAUCUGUGCCAAAAGUUUGGAGUGAAUCCAUUGAAGAGCGUGAUGGUAAAUGAUGGGAAGACGAGGUUUUCCACCAUGGAUGGGAACCCCAUCUUUCAUUUCCUCAACACCUCCACUUUCAGCCAGUACACCGUUCUUGAUUCUGCCUGUGUAGUAAAGAUUGACACCAAGGCCCCCCUCGAGAAAAUGAGCCUCUUAAGUUGCGGUGUCUCAACUGGCGUGGGAGCAGCUUGGAAUGUAGCCAACCUGCAACCUGGCUCAAGCGUGGCAAUCUUUGGGUUGGGUGCCGUGGGACUCGCUGUAGCUGAAGGAGCACGAGUAAGAGGUGCAUCGAAAAUAAUAGGCGUUGAUAUCAACCCUAGCAAAUUUUUCAAAGGCAAAGCAGUGGGAAUUACAGAAUUCAUAAACCCAAAGGAUCUAGACGUACCAGUGCAUGAGAAAAUCGGAGCUAUUACAGUGGGAGGUGUAGACUACAGCUUCGAAUGUGUAGGAAACCUUGAAGUUCUUCGAGAGGCAUUUUUGUCCACCCAUACCGGAUGGGGACUGACUGUACUACUGGGGAUUCACCCAAGCCCAAUGUUGCUGCCUCUCCAUCCAAUGGAGUUAUUUAACGGACGCCAAAUCGUAGGAUCCAUCUUUGGAGGCUUCAAAGGCAAAACCCAACUGCCAAAGUUGGCCGAACAAUGCAUGUGUGGGACCCUGAACUUGGACGAGUUUAUCACACAUGAGCUUCCCUUCCACAACAUAAAUGAAGCUUUUCAACUGCUAAUCGAGGGGAAAUCGCUUAGAUGCCUUCUGCACCUCUGAGCUUUUACGCAAUAAAAUUAUAUAAAUAAAUCAUAUAGGUGCCGGUUGAUUCACAAUCACUGGCUUGUUUGUAGUAAAAUUUUCUUAAAUUUACGGUGCUUCAGUUCAGCAUGAGGCCCCCACAAAUUUCCUGCUUGUUAGAUGAUGUAAAACUUCUAUCGAUCAAUUUGGUAUCCCAACUAUAUUAUUUUUCUUCGGAA